AUGGUAAAUAUUAAGAAAAAAAAUCUGAGAGCCAGAUAAGGAACACAAAGAUGGAGAAAGAACAUCAUCGUGGAAAUGGGUGAAUUUGAGAAUAUAGAUUUUACAUAAAAAGACGCUAAGCCAGUCGAUUUUUAGGUUGAUGCUCAGCCUAUCAAUAUCUAUGAAAAUAAGGAUAGAUUCAAGAAGAAGCCUGCAGACCCAUUGAAACAAUCUAAAUAAGAAAAAAUAAAAAUCUAAAAUAUGGCAGAGUAGACUAAAAAGCAAUAAUAACCAGAGAAAAAAAAUGAAAUUUAAGAUGUAUGGGCAGAGGAAGGAAGAUUCAGAAAAAUUUAAACUCCAGGAGUCAAAGCAAUUGUUACUCCUCAUCCUGGAUAAUCAUACAAUCCUUAAUUAAAAGAUUAUAAUGAAUUACUAGAUGAUGUAGUAAAAAAAGAAAUUAGGUCACAUUAGAGAUUAUAAAAUGAUGAGACUGAAACAGAGAAGGCAUAAAAGUUGAUCUAAAGAGAGAGAGAAAAAAAGAAGAAGAGAAAAAUGAGUAUGAUUCAAAAAGUUCAUGGAAAAGAAGUGGUUGAUAGAUUAAUUGAAAAGAAGAAGAAUCAUGAACUCUUAUUAGUCAAAAAAAUAAAGAAAGAACUUAAUGCUGAAGCUAAGUUGAGACAAGAAAAAAGAAAGUAAUAAAGAAAAGAGAAGAAACUCUUAGAGAGAGCAAGGAAAUUGUCAGGCAGAAAUUUGGUGCCAAUAAAAGUAGGAAAUAAAAAAGUGGAAGUAACAUAAGAUGAAUUUGUGUUAGAUGACUAAUUGAAGAGUCACUUGAGACAUGUAACUCAAGGAGAUUUAUUGGUGAAGAGUGAAUUUGAUGGUUUUGUAAGAAGAGGAUUGAUUGAACCUAAAUCAAAAUCAAAUAAAUUAUCAAAGGCCAAAGUUCCCUUAUUUAAAAUUAAAGAAAAAUGA